AUGGUUCUAGAUCAGUUUCGUGAAAUUGGCAUUCAAGAUGGCUGGAAAUAUGUGCCCACUGUUCAAGAAUUGUGUCCUCCGUACUUUAAGACUGUGGAGAUUCCGGAAAAGAACCUUCUGCUGACUAUAGUCACCGAUAAGACUCUCUACGCCCAACACCAUAAUGUGGUAUGGCAGAAACCACGUAGGGGUAAGUUCACGAUUGCGGGAAAUUAUAAGAUCGGGGAGAAAGUGCUGAACGGUAAAGUCAUUCGGAAGACGGAGAAAGAGCCGUGGCAGGCAGUCUACAAGAUGAAGGCGCUGAUGAAACAGGAGUUUAAGCAGUUGAAAGAGCUAGAGAAAGCUAAGAAAAAUGAAGAAAAUCACGAGCCGGAGGACAUGGAAUUGGAAACAAGUGAUGAAGAUUCCGAUACUGAUACAUCUACCACCGGAUCUGAGAAAAGUGGAGAAAACGAGGAGGAAAGUGACAAGGACAACGAGAAGGAGAGUGAUAAUGAUGACGAGGACAAAAAUGACGAGAAGGAGAAGGAGAGCGGCGAAAACGAUGGCGAAGACGAUGGCGAAGACGAGGGCGAAGACGAGGGCGAAGACGAGAGCGAAGGCGAGGGCGAAGACGAGGGCGAAGACGAGGGCGAAGACGAGGGCGAAGACGAGGGCGAUGACGAGGGCGAUGACGAGGGCGAUGACGAGGGCGAAGACGAGGGCGAAAAGGAAGAAGGCGAGGACGAUGAGGAGGAGAAUGACGAAGACGAAGAUGACGAGGAGGAGAGUGACGAUGACGAAGAUGACGAGGAAAAGAGCGAUGAAGAUGAAAAUACCGAAGGAGAGAAUAACCACGAGGAGCACGUUGCUUUAAAGCUCAAUAGCCCGGAAGCCCUGAAGUUUUGGGAUGAGGUAAAUCGCAACAUUAAUAUAUUUCUACAAGGCGAAAAUGACAAGGAGAAGAACGACAAAGAGAAGGAUGAGAAUGACGAAAAUGACGAGGAGGAAGAGAACGAUGAAGACGAGGAAGUAGAGAUGAAAGAAAAAAUGGAGGAAGAGAUGCAGUUAGAGGUAAAGGAAGUGAAAGUGACAGAUGUAGAAGAAGAAGAAGAAGAUGACGAGGAGGAGAGCGAUGAAGAUGAAAAUACCGAAGGAGAGAGUAACUAUGAGGACUUGCCAGUUGCUUUACAGCUCAGUAGCCCGGAAGCCCUGAAGUUUUGGGAUGAGGUAAACCGCAACAUUAAUAUAUUUUUACAAGGCAAAGAUGACAAGGAAAAGGCCGACGAAAAUGACGAGGAGGAAGAGAACGAUGAAGACGAGGAGAUAGAGAUGAAAGAAAAAAUGGAGGAAAAAAAAGAGAAAGAGAGGAAAGUGGAAGUGAAAGAGGAAGAGGAAGUGGAAGUGACAGAUGUAGAGGAAAACGAAGAAGAAGAAAAAGAGAAUGACAAGGAAGAGAGCAACAAAAAUGACGAGAAGGAGGAAAACAACAAAGUUGAGGAGAUCGUCGAGAGCAACCAGGAGGAGCCGAUCGAAGAAGGACCUUAUGGCAACAUUUUUGACAAUGACGAGUUCCAGGCCAGGGUCCUGGAUUUGGCAGUAAGAUACCAUCCCUUGUUUUCUGCGGAUAAUGAUGAAGAUGAUGAAGCCGCCUGGAUGAUGAUGGAGGAUGACUACGAAGAGGAGAAUGAUGAAAAUGAAAUGGAAGAGGAGGAGAACGACGAGAGUGCCGAGGCGAUGCUGAUUUUUCCCGACAACUUUAAUGCUUCCCCCAUAAUGAUGUCGGAUGAUGAAUUGGAUCUGGAGAUUUUGGAUCCGGAGGUAAAUGAUGAAUCGUAUAUCCUUGAACCGGCAGUAAAUGCUUCCUUCAUACCGAUAUCGGAUGAUGAACCGGAAGUUAGUGUCACCAUUAUGAUGGGGGAUAAUGAAACCGAUCCUUUACUAAAUUCACAGAUCUUGAAUCCGGAGAUCUUGAACCCGGAUGUAAAUGCUUCCCUUGCACCGAUAAUGAAUGAUGAAGUGCUUAUCGUUCAACAGGUUAUAACCGUAGUUUUAUCGGAGGACGAAUACAAUUCCUUAUCAAAUCCAAACAAUUCUGAACCGGGGGUAGUAAUGGAGGAAUUGCUACCCGAAUCUUUGUAAAAGAAUCCUGCAUCCUAACCUGGGAAGAAGGAAGGCUGUGUGGA